ACAUUAUAUGUAGGGUCCACCUGGCCUACCGAUUCGCCAUGGCACUGUUUCUCCGUUGUAGAGAAAAUUCUCAAGUUUUCCGACGCCCUCCUCAAUGGUGCCGCCCGGUUUGCGUGUUUGAGCCAACCACAACGCUGGACACCAGCCCUCGUUGGCGACCAGUUGGGUGCAGGCUGGACACCAGCCCAGGUUGGUGACCAGUUCCAAGACAAGGGAGUUGUUUGGGCAGUGCCUACCUUUCGGGUCAGUCUGGAGCGUCGGUUGAUGCGGCGCAUUUCACAUCCCUUCUUCCGCAUCAAGCCCAAGGACUACAUCAAGAGCUGCCAUGUGUGUGGCCACUUCCACCUGGCUCACACUAUCUGCGGUCAUUGCUAUGGAAAGGUGAAGGAGGAGACUGAGCAGCUGCGUGACGCCAUUGCACAAAAACUCAAGCUGGAUCCAGUGGAAACUGAAGUGGUUGUUGCAUAUCGGGGAGAAAAGAAGCAGGGACACUGUGUAGUGGCUGAAGUAGACAGGCCCCGACCAGCAUGGUUUAGCAAGAACCUGAUGAAAUAAUCUUCCUUGUGGGCCUUAUUAGUCAUAAAAAUAUUUCUCUGUGAUUUGCCAUAGCGAUCUUUGUAUGUAAUAUAGUGAAUAAAAGCUCUAUUUAGACCAGUA